GCGCCAACUGUCAGCCCGGCUGAACGCGACUGUACCUGAAUCACAAAUUAUGGCGAUCUGAGGGAUGGCUGCCUCGGCGUAGCCACAAGCAGUAUCUUCGAACUUAAAUUUUAAAAAUGCCGGCGCGCGUGGUGAGCGGGCGGGCGGUGGGGGGCGCGGAGGUCAGCGUGGCGGACUCGCCGCUGGCGACCCUGGAGUCGCUCACCCAGGCCGCCGUCAUCGCGGUCAUGGGCGUCGCCAUCGUCGUCUCCAACCUGCUCAUCAUCGCCGCCUUCGUUAACUUCAAAGGUCUCUCGCACGAGGUGAUCAACUACUACCUCCUGUCCCUGGCCGUGGCCGACCUGCUAUGUGGACUAUUCGUGGUCCCUCUGUCGGUGUACCCCGCGAUCACGGGCCGCUGGAUGUUCGGCGACCUCAUGUGCCGACUUGUCGGCUACAUCGAGGUCACCCUCUGGUCCGUCUCGGUCUACACGUUCAUGUGGAUAUCCGUAGACCGGUACCUCGCCGUCAGGAAACCUCUCCGCUAUGAGACGGUUAGUGCGACGGUACAAACGCGAACAAGAAGUCAGUGUUGGAUGGUGUUCACUUGGAUUUCCGCCGCCAUGCUAUGCUGUCCACCGCUGCUCGGAUACAAGAAGGACGCCAAUUUCGACAAGGAGACCUUUAUUUGUAUGCUAGAUUGGGGCACCACGUACGCUUACACGGCAACCCUCGCCAUACUUGUCCUUGGACCGAGCGUCAUAUCGAUCGUUUACAACUACUUCUACAUUUUCUCCAUGAAGCGGAAGCUUAACAGCGGAGUACCUAUUCACGAUAAGGAGUACGCUACGGCGUUGGCUGAGAAUCUAGCGAACCCUAGCCACUGGAUGAGUUUUGUUUUAGUGUCCGCUUUCUGGCUCAGCUGGGCGCCUUACGCUGGCGUUAGGCUCUACGAGUACGUCACAGAUCAGGAGCUGAAGAUACCCAUGCUCCAUUUCGGCGUAGUCUGGCUAGGUAUACUGAAUUCGUUUUGGAAAAUCGUUAUUCUCAUAGCUCUCAGUCCUCAAUUCCGCCUGGCGCUCCGAAUACUCUGCCUCACCGCUUGCUGUCGAAGCAAAAGCCGACUUCAAGCUGAGCUAGUCGGGCUGGAUAACGAUGACUAAGUUAAGUAAGUCAUACUAACGGGAAUAUCGCUAAAAGCGUUUAUGGUCACAAUGACGAAGUCAAUAGUCUCCACAGGUUUUCCUUUUGUGCGGAUCUAGUAUAGUAGAAAAACGUGCUCAACAAUAUAAAAUAACUAAAUAUUAAUAUCUUUUUUCGAGUAAAUUAUCUCAAUGUUAGUUCUAUAAUGGAUUGAGAACUCUACGGUGAUCUAACUUCUAGAUAAAGAUAUAAAAAUGUCAUCAACAUACAUUCAUUUAUGAUCAUGCCUUUUAUAAUGACACAACUUGACUUAAAUUAUUCUUAGAAUUAUUAUAAUGCUAUAUAAUCUUGUUAUAUCAAUCAGAAAUUUUCUUGUACGGUUAUGUUCAAUUAAAAUUUUAAUUUUGUGAAUACUUCUGAGUCGUUUAUGGAUAUAUUAUGGUCUGUAUUUUUAGAAAUAUUUUCAAUCACAUAAUUAAUACAUUAGUAAUAAGUUAACAACAACACACAAAAGUCAUUCCAUUUAUUAGCAAUAAAUUAUUACCUCGAUUGUUCUGACAGUAUCAGGGUUAGUUCACACCGUGGUGCGACGCGACGCAAUGCGAUUUUACGAUACAUAAUAGCGAAAUACGACGCGCUACGCAACGCUGUAUUUUAUUCCUAACAUAAAAGCUUCGUUUCCUAGCUUCGCAUCGUGGUUUGAACUAACACUUAAAAUUUUUGAUAGACUGUGGAAAAAGCUACUGAUGUAAACAAAAUAAAUUAAAAACAACAAAAAUCACUAUAAAAGUCAUUCCGUAAUUUAGCUUAUUGUUAAAUAGAUGAACUAUUUACACUUGUUUAUUGUUCGUAGUGUUUAAAAAGAUAUAUGCAGAUGUUAGGUGUUUAACGCGUGAUCACAAAAUGAUAAAAAUAAUCUUACACCAAACGAAAUUAGUAACAUUAUAUGGACCUCUCUGCCGUAACGUUAAAGUUAUCUUGUGUAAGCAUUGAGGAAGACUGUAUGAUAACAUUGUGCAAUUUUUAUGUUAAGUUUAUCACAAUAUCUUCGCUAAGGGUCAAGGUGUAAUAUUGUGACAUACGAAUUUUUUCAUAAUAAAAACGUCUGCUGAACGCCUAUCAUCUAAUAUUGACCUAGAAAUAUAAAUAAAAAUAUCAUAAUAGCUUAUGUUGCUUCAUAUUUAUGACAAUAAUAUUAUUUGAAAUAAGCAGCUUCGAUCGCAAUAAACUCAUAUCACUUCAUGUACUAGAUCUUAGGGAAUUUCGUAAACUGUUUACGAGAACUGCCAAAUAAUGGGUAAUAUUUUUUGCAUAAAUAACAUUAUUAUAACAUAUAGUAGUUGUAGUUAAGAUAAUAAUAUAAUGUUCAAUUUAUCUUAUUGUGUAUUUUAAUUGCGAGUUGGUCUCGCGGCUUGACAAGCGACAAAAUCGCGCGUUGCAAGCCACCGGUGUGUACUCGCUUUAGAGUGUGAGUCUCCAAUUUCUAAAGAAAGGCGUGGCAAAAAAUUCACAUUCCUCAUUGUAUUAGUUGUAUAGUUUCGUCACGUCGCGUCUCGCCUUAAUUUUGUGGAGAAUUCGCAUCGUUUCGCUAAAAUUAAUUAAAUUCGUUGCUUUCGAGGACUCACACUCGAAGAAAGCAAAUUUUCUGCGGGCCAUACACGUUCAUGUAAUUUGAUUUCAUUAGGCAAACAGUGUUGUAAAGAAGUUAUCAUAGCUAAAAGAUUAAUUCGAAUAAGAUCAAUUUCUCUGUUGGUAAUAGUAAUCAAUCGUCCCCACUUUGAGCCAAAAGGCCAAGCGUUACUACGUAGCGCUGGCCGCUUGGAGAAAAUUUGGUCAUUCAUUUGGUGAAAUUACUUGAACGUGUAUAUGGGCUUUAUAGGGAUAGUCGCCACAUAACUGCCACAUAUAAUGAAGAGGCCUUGUAGACGCAGCCAGUUUGUAUCAGGGCAACAUAAUAUAAGUAUUGAUCGUCGCCUUAUACGACUGGACUGUACAAAUUCAUUUUACAAAAGUAGUUUUAACCGUUUUUUUGCAGGCUGAUAGUCUUAACCUUCGAAUGUGAAAUACACUAAUAUGUAAAGAGCAGUAAUAA